AUCUCAAUACUUUACUACGCCAGUUCAGUGAUGGUGGUCGUUCCGAUCGCACGCGGCCGCGACGAGUGUAGAACUCGCUUUACGUCGAACGAGUGCUGCCGAUCGUGAAAAAUAAGGUCUACAGUUGUUUUCGAGUGCUCUCCGGAUUGACCAAAGUGUGAAUAGUGCUGUUUUGGAUUUGAUACCCGAAAACUUUGACGCAUGUUUUAGAUCGACGUCCACACCCGCCCACGAUCAAGAUGUGAUGCUACGACUCACCGCUGAGACUCACGAAGAUGCUCGCGACCACAUAGAUGAGGAUGCCGGACAACUACACCCUGAGCGAUGUGUUGUUCAACCGCAGCGUCGGGGACCUGGCCCCCGCGGCCCCCGUGGACCCCGCCCUGGUCUUCGGGCCCCAGCGGGACUCCCUCCUCAUCGUCAUCCCCAUCACCAUCAUGUACACCGCCAUCUUCGUGAUGGGCCUGCUCGGCAACGUGUUCACCUGCAUCGUCAUCAUCCGGAACAAGUCCAUGCACACGGCCACCAACUACUACUUAUUCAGCCUCGCGAUAUCCGACCUGCUGCUGUUAGUCAGCGGGAUGCCGCAAGAGAUGUACUCGAUCUGGUACAAGUGGCCGUACGUGUUCGGGUCUGCGUUUUGCCUGAUGCGCGGGCUGGCGGCGGAGACGUCGACCAACGCGAGCAUACUGACCAUCACGCUGUUCACGGUGGAGCGGUACCUGGCCAUCUGCCACCCCUUCCAGUCUCACAAGAUGUCGAAACUGUCGAGGGCCACCAAGCACGUGGUGCUGCUGUGGGUGGUGUCCUUGACGCUGGCCCUGCCGCAAGCCCUGCAGUUCGGCAUCCGGACGCAUAUCGGUGUAGUCAUGUGUUUGCAGACCAGAGUGAUAAUCGAACACUCGUUUGAGAUCUCAACGUUCGUUUUCUUCCUGACUCCAAUAGUGGUGAUAACGGUGCUUUAUUUUCUAAUCGGGUUGCGGCUAAACGAGACGAAUAGGGGGAGAGUGCACAAAGACUUUGAGAGCGGAGAAGUGAGGAGCAUGAACAAGAUGAGCAAGAGACACAGCCAGUCCACGCGCCGCGUCGUCAAGAUGCUGGUUGCGGUGGUCGUGGCGUUUUUCAUCUGUUGGGCGCCAUUCCACGCGCAGCGCCUGGUGGCGAUUUACGGAACUAACGAGAACCAUUUGGCGCGGUCGCCCAACCUCCUCUUCGUGUAUUCAAUCCUGACGUAUACUUCUGGAGUGUUCUACUACGUGUCGACGUGCAUCAACCCGAUCCUGUACCACAUCAUGUGCAGCAAAUUCCGCGUCGCUUUCAAGAACACGGUGGUGUGGUGUUGCCGCGUGUGCGGGGCGCGCGGGGCGCGGGGGGCUGGCGCGCCGCUGGUGUUCGCUCGGGUGCCCACGUCCAGCGGAGGGUCCGUCCACUCAGGUAAUAUCCCUGCUAGAAACGAGACGACCAGCUUCCGUCAAAAGGCACCAGAUGUCGCUAGUCGUCCGCCCCAGUCAGAGUCCGGGAAACUCGCUUACAAAACCAAGCCGGGGCCCGAAGACCCGGCCACCGUGCAGGACUGCGGCGGAGCCAACUACUGCCGACACAAGUACAGAACUAGGGAGGCUAUUGCUAGAUGGGAGGCCGAGAAUAAACUCAAUAUGAAGAUAGCUAACGCAGCUGCCUCGCAUGCGCCCUUCUGGACGACGCUCUCUUGCUCGCGGUACAACGGGAACGGGUCCAUGUCUAAGACUCAGUCCUCUGUCUGUGACACCAUCAGUAACAGUAGCCUGAAGGAGUCCAGGACUGAAGACCUGGAUGACGAGCUCACGUCGUACCUGAAGGAAAUCACGGAGCGCGUGCAACAAUGCGAGCGGGAAUACACCUGAAGGACUUUUCAGUUCAUGACGGUUUCUACACAAACUGGGAUGAAAUAACAGGGAUAUCUAGUCUUUAUGCACCCAACACAAUGUCUUGUGGCUAAUAUGGGUAUUUACAAAUAAGUAUAGGGUACGAAAGUUGAGGAUUCAUGCUAGUGAUUCCAAAUAUGUGCCUCGUGGUGAGAAGCGUAGGUAGUUAAUUGUUGUUAAAUUAAUUUGUAGAGUAUUGUAGUCAGUGAAAUAAGAACCUAAUUAAUUAUGUCAUUUGGAACCAAAGGAUCUUUCUUUUGUUUCUUAGAUCUAUUCAUUCAUGAAAGUUUUUUUUGCCUUGUCUAAUUAGUUAUUGAGAUACAUAGGUACCUUCUGCAAUACCGAUUUUCAAUAAAUUUUAUAGGAUUUUCCCGUAUAUAUUUUCCGGCACAAAAUUAAUUAAGUAUGUAGAAGUUUUUUCAUGGAAGUAUUUAAUAGGGAAUUUUAACUUUUCACUGUUAUUUAAAAUAUUGGAUUCCUAAUUAUUGACGGGAAUAAUUAAAAUCUACUUUUACAUAAAAUUUAUAAAAAAUAAAUUUCAGCUCUAUUAUUUGAAAUGAUGUUUGUCAGUACUUAAGUAUAUUUUUAUGAUAAAAUUAAAUGAAAUCGGUAUUUUUAGUAGUACUAUGAACGCUGACGUCCUUCGCUAUUGUUUUAUCCCUUGUGGAGAGGUAGAAGAGCAUAUAGCUACCCUCAUAAUAUAUUAUAUAAUAAUUAUGAAUCACUAGUUUUCUUUUGGGACACCCUGUUUAUUAAUAUUAAUUUUAAUUUAUGUGUACUGUUAAAAUAGCUAGUCCUCAUUGAUGUUAAAUUAUUUAAAUGUUUCAAUUAAUAUAGCUAAUACACUUAAAGGUUAUAUUAAAUAUUUAUUUCGUUUAUUGAAAAAAUCGUAUUUCGUUUAAAGUUUGAAAAGCAUUUCCCUAAUUUUUGGAAAUAGGGUAAUUACUAGUAAAAAAGAAAAGUAAUAUUUUUUAUAAUAUUUGGAAAUAUGCCAAAGUAAAUAAAGGGUGCUGGUGUAAAAUAAGUGAAAACAGACAGAUUUUAAGAGGUAAGCACACUUUUAAAAUUAAAGACUACUUAAUUUAGCAUUUUGUAAAGAAAUUGUUAUUUACGUAUAAUAUAAUACCUACUGUAAAUAAAUAAGUUACUUACUUACAUAAGUGCUUAACAACUUCUUGUAAGUACACAAAUAAGUACAUGUGAUUUUCUGAAAAACAAAUCUAAGCUAUGACAACGAUUUUAAACUAGGUAUGGGUAUAAGUAGGUACUUAAUUAAUAAUUUAAUGUUGUACAUUAUGUAUGUACCUAGAAUAUUUUACGAGCCAAAUAUAAACCAAUUCGAUUAGUUUUGAAUGUUUUGAUGUUAAAAUUAGAAACAAUUAAGGAAAUAUAUUGUACAUUCUAAUAUUGUGUAAUGAAAAAAAAACCUGUUCAAAUUUGUCGAAGCAAAUUUGUAAUUAAAUUAUACUUAUACAUGAACCUAAAAUAUAGUACAGUAAGGGGCAGAUAAACCUGACCCCCUCAGAAGCAUUGUUAGUAUGAGAAGGGGUUCAGGUUUCUCUACUCCUGACCGUACCUAGUGUAGUACUAUAAUAUUUUCCUGUAAAAGAAAAUUUAACAGUAUUUUAAGAGUUAAAGAUAUUUUUGAAAA